AUGCCGACUAAUCUUCCAUCGAGCUUUGCCUCGGCUGCCGCUGGUCAAAACUCCAACGCCAGAGGAGCAAGGAUUGACGUAAGGGGAAACAAUUCUGGAGAUUGGGCCAGAAGAGAUGGUCGAUCCACGAAUGGUACCCUCACCUUCCGUCGGUCAUCUACAACUCCCCUCGGCCAGCCCUCUUCUCAGCCGCCGCCCUCAACGGAUCAUGCAGUUCAACCCCCCACCACUGUUGAGAGCCCUGAGAAUGCGUCCAGCUCGACAUAUGAGCUGCCCCCCACACGAUACACAAGGGAGGAGCUCCUUGACAUCUACCGCUUACGAAAACCGGCCGGCGAUGUAUCCCACCUUUUUGCCCCAGGUUGGAAUCCUGGGCAAAUGAAUGGACAUACUCCUAGAGGUUGGGGCAAGGGUAACGACAACCAUAUCCCUCAGGAGCCUGGCGCCUGCUGGGAAGAAUCUGGAGAUUCGACUCCGAUGGGACUGCAGGAUAUGUCCAUGGAGGAAAGAGAGGCUUUUAAUACUGAAAUUAAUUCGCCGCUUAAACCCCCGACCCAGAACAAAGACGCCCACCAAGGUGGUGCAAACGGACGUAAAGCAUCUUUAUCCCAAGGCACUUCCAACACUUUUGGCGUCAGUUCACCCUCGUCAGCUACACGGCCCGGUACACGACGACGCGAGACGACAGAAUCGAAUCCUUUCGUUGGGAGUGCCCUGGCAUCUCCCACUGCCGCAGGCCGGGUCAACCGUGACGAUCAAGCAUUCUGGCUUCCCCGUAGCAAGACCGAUCUUAAGGAAGCUGAAGCCGACGAAUCUGACAACGAGCCUGGUUCCCGUGAGGCUCCUGGAAAGCUGCCCCCCUUUGGUAAUCUGAUGCGCUCUAACACGGGCGGUAUUGGCGGGGUCGGUUCCAUCUGGCCACCUUCCAAUCAAACAACGCCCGGUGCAGGAGGGUUUGGAAACUUUGCCCUCACAGGCUCGCCUGCCGUUGGUGAUAAACGAGUUGGCGGCGGUGCUGGUGGAAGUAGAUUGGCCCACCUGAUUCCCAAGGACAGCUCGGACAACCUGAGUGGCAAGGCUGCGGAGGGCCAAAACCCUCUUAGCCAGCAAUCUUGGCGAACCCGAACCAGAACUGACACUGAUCCUUUUGGCGAAGAUACUGCAUCAGGCAGUGCAGCACUCAGUGGCGCCCCUGACACCGACACUGCCGGCUCAUCCCAGCAGAACAAUUCAGCAGGCGCUAUGGGUACGCCCAUCAAGGGCUCCGCUGCCGACUUUGGCAUGUCUGGCCUCAGUCUUGCAGGUCACGGCGAUGACGGCCCUUUGAGCCCAUCCGAGACCAAUCCCUACCGCAGCCCUCCAGCUGAGCGACACGGCCAUGACGGCGACGGCAGUGACGACAAGUCUCAUGGCACAGGUAUCCACGAUGCCCCCUCGAAUUUUGGUUCCAUCGGUCGCAGCUUUGGGGGUUACGACGGAGGUGAUCGCAGUCAGACCUCCAGCGUGGGCGCCAAGGCCUACCCUUCGUUGAAUAAUCUGGGCUGGCCCGCCCCUGGUGGCCCUACGACCGGGACUCCGGAUCGUGAAAGGCCCAACUUGGGCGGUGUAUUCGGAAACUCUCUGUUCAGCCCCAUGGGUGAGCUCCAAUCACCUGGGCUGUCGAAUCUCAACAACGUUUUCGGCCCUGCUAGUGCUGGUGGUCUAGGAACUGGAAGCAUUGGUCGUGGCAGCAAGAUGGGGUCUCUGUUUCCUGCUGCCAUGCAGGCACAAAUGCAGACUAUUGAGCAUGACAACAAUCUGUCUGACUCUCUGCCCGAUCUUCGCCAGAGCAAUCCUUUGGGUGCUAUCGGCCGGAGCAACUUUGGUAUCCCGACUCGCGACACUGAAAGUCCAAUGCGACCCAAUCGUGGGGUUUUCGAAGAGCUCUUCCCCUCCAGUGAUGCCUCUCGAGCUCAGGGUGUUUUCACUACUGGUGACUCCAAUCAUCCUACCUCCGCCGCGGUAGGCCCCCAAUCUUUCACCCCUAUCGGUGGUGGUUUGCCUUUUGGGGGCAGCCAAGGGGGCACUGAGCCUCCUUCCGCCCAAGUCCGGCAGAUGGUCAUGCCUGAUCGCAUGAGAUGGGUUUAUUUGGACCCUCAAGGACAGGUUCAAGGACCGUUUACCGGAUUGGAGAUGAACGAUUGGUACAAGGCCAACUUCUUUACUCCUGAUUUACGAGUCAAGAAAGUGGAAGAUCCCGAAUUCGAACCUCUGGGUCAACUCAUUCGUCGUAUUGGCAACUCGCGCGAGCCAUUCUUGGUACCUCAGAUUGGCAUUCCACACGGCCCUCCUGCACAGCCCGGGCCAUUCCCCUCGCAGGGGAACAGUGGUGUAGUCCCACCCCUGAGUGGUGUGUUUCCUAGCUUCGGGCGCACACUCACCGCUGAGGAACAAAACAAUCUAGAGCGCCGCAAGCAGGAAGAGCAGUAUCUCAUGGUUCAGCAGCGGGAAUACGUCAUGCGUGCUCAGGCGAUGUCUAAAUUCCCCAUUCCUGCCCCGAUGUUGCAGCACCACUCCAGUGCCCACAGUCUUCAGAGUCAGCCCAGUUUUGGUAGCAUUUCGUCACCAAACCCCAUCGGAAUGGCUCCUCAUCAACAACCUAUUGGUGCCAUGCCCCCUUCUGGUGGUUUCUUUGAAGGAGCUGGGCCAGUAGGCAGUCAGACAUCUGUCCCGUCAGGUUCGGGAAACGGAGAUCCAUUCAGAGAUGAUGACUUUGCAAACACUGAGCGCCAGCUGCUCGCCAAUCUUCAGGGCUCUGGUGCUCCGCAUCCCAUCGGAGCCCCUGUUGCCGAUGCCAGCGUUCGCGCUGGACUGCCCGACACUGAGAGCCUUGAGCAAGACCCCGAAGGGUUCAAAAACCGUCUGCAGCAGUUCGAGGAUCUCCGAGCUGGUUUAGAGGCUGAACAGGCUGAGAAAGCCGAAGAGGGAAGUGAAGAGGAACUAUCUGAGGAACUCGCCCCUGCUGCCGAGGCCGCCUCCGAGGACACGCAGCGACGUGCGGAAGCACCGGUCUUGACUGGUAAAGCUGCUCGAGCUGCCAAGAAGAAGGCUGCAGAGGAUGCCUUGUCUCUGACUCAACAGGUCCAGCAGACUCAGGCCGCCGCUGCUGCGGCCGCUGCUCAGCCAGUCGAGCCUGAUAUGCCAAUGCCCUUCCCCCCUCCCGCAUCUACUGGAACUCCUCUUCCCGCCCCGACAGCCCAGCGUGCCCGAUCGAACCUCCCCGAACAGUACAAUCGCUCUCAGACCGGAACCCCUGACAGCGCUUCCGUAAACGCGCAACCACCACCGCUGGCUCCUUGGGCAAAAGAUCACGGAGCUGAGAGUCACAAGGGUCCCAGCCUGAAGGAGAUCCAAGAGGCUGAAGCUCGCAAGGCUGCCAAAGCUGAAGAGGCCGCUGCUGCUCAAAGGAAGGCUAUUCUGGAGCAAGAGCUCAGGGAACGUGAGAAGACAGCCGCCGCUUCUAACGCUGGUCUGCCCGCUACUAGUACUUGGGGCCACGGUUCUCCUGCUCCAGCUGGCAGCCCUUGGUCCAAGCCUGGCCCAUCCAAGACUACGUCUACCGUCGCUCCUUCAACUCCGGCUUCUGGUAAGAAGACUCUUGCCGAGAUCCAGCGCGAGGAAGAGCUUCGUAAACAGAAAGCCAGCCAGGCCACCCCCCAGGCCAGUACUCCUACCGGCGUAUCCAAGAGCUAUGCCAACUUAGCCGGUAAGCCAGGUCAGUCCAUUCUCACUAAUGCUGCGUCUGCCGCUGCGGCCGCCGCUGCUGCAACGGCUCCGCCCCCUGGAAGUGGCUGGGCUACUGUUGGCGCUGGUGGCAAGGUUAAAGUUCCUACUGGUCCAUCGUCCCAGAGUCGAUCGGUCAGUUCUACCAAUAUCAAGCCUGUCACUUCGCCCACAAAGUCAACCUCUAAGCUGGUGACUCCGGGCAAUGGCAAGACUGACACUGGCAAUGCUGCCAUGGAGGAGUUCAACAAGUGGGUCAACAGGGAGCUUUCUCGGGGUAUCACUGCAGUCAGCGACAUCGCCACUUUCCAGGCUACUCUUGAAAUCUUACCUCUCGACGCUGGUUUGAUUGCUGACGCUGUUUACGGCAACUCGACCACGAUGGACGGUCGUCAUUUCGCCGAGGAGUUCAUUCGCCGCAAGAAGCUUGCUGAACGUGGAGUCGUUGAGAAGCAGCCCGAUAACAAGGGAGGAAAUGGUGGCGGUUGGAGUGAAGUUGCCAAGAAGGGAGGUUCCAGCAACUCUGCCGCCAUAGCCGCUUCUGCUACUGCCACUAGCCCUCGAGACGACGCUGGUAUGCAGGCCGCUGGUUUUAAGGUUGUACCAGGCCGAAAGAAGGGCAAGAAAUAG